CUAUCUCAGUCAAGGUGUCGUGUCUCAGCCCACUGUGCUCCACAAUAGGGAAGUGAACUGCACUUCCUAUUUCCUCAAUGUAACUGCUGUCUACUGACUAAACCAGAAAUCCAGAGGAUGAGAAACGAAAGCAACACGUUUGACGCACGGUUCAUAAAUGAAUAUGUGCAGUGAAUGACACAGACACUCCGGUUCGGAUCCAGUUGUGCGCGCGCAAUGGGAGCGUCGCGCGUGCGGGCGGCAGUUUGAUAAAACAGCGACUUCUCAAAAGUUUUUAUGUUGGUGCCUGAAGACGAUUCAAGAUGAAGAAACAGUUUAACCGCAUGAAACAGCUCGCCAACCAGACCGUUGGCAGAGCGGAGAAGACCGAAGUACUGAGUGAUGACCUUCUUAUGAUUGAGCGGCGCCUUGAAAAUAUGCGACUGGUCUCUCAUAACGCGCACAAGAGGAUGGUCAUGUGUCUGCAGGGUAACGUGGGCUCAGAUGUGGAGAAGAGACAUAAAAAGCUUCCUCUCACAGCCCUUUCACAAUCCAUGCUGGAUGGAGGAAGUCAGCUCGGAGACGAGUCCCUCAUCGGGAAGAUGAUGGAAGUGUGUGGAGAUGCUGAAAACAAACUGGCCUUUGAGCAGAGCCAACAUGAAGUCCAGCUGGAGAGAGAGAUCCUAGAGCCUAUCAACCAGCUGGCAGAGGUGGAUAUUCCUAACAUUUUGAAGCAGAGGAAACAUUUAGCCAAGCUUGUGUUGGAUUUUGAUUCUGCAAAAGCCAGGUAUCAGCAGGCCACAAAGGCAUACCCAUCCGCUGCAAAUGCUCAAGCAAUGGCUGCCAAAGUUGACACACUUAAAGAGGAGAUGGAUGAAGCUCAGAACAAAAUGGAAAUAUGCAAGGAUCAACUGGCAGCAGAGAUGUACAGCUUUUCCUCCAAGGAAGGAGAAUAUGCUCGCUAUUAUGUGUUGUUGUUAGAAGCUCAAGCUGAAUACCACAGGAGAGCUUUGGCAUCCAUCGAGAGUGUCCUGCCCAGCAUACAGUCCCAGCAAGAUAAAUGGACAGAGAAGCCAGCGUUUGGCACGGCUCUGGAAGAACAUCUGAAACGCACUAGCAGAGAGAUCGCUCUGCCCAUAGAGGCCUGCAUUAUGAUGCUACUGGAGACCGGCAUGCAGGAAGAGGGUUUGUUCCGAAUCGCUGCUGGAGCCUCCAAACUGAAGAAGUUAAAGGCGGCGCUGGACUGUUCCACUUCCCAACUGGAGGAGUUUUACUCUGACCCUCAUGCUGUAGCCGGAGCCCUCAAAUCUUACCUGAGGGAGCUGCCUGAACCUCUGAUGACCUACCAGCUGUAUGAAGAGUGGAUCCAAGCCUCAAAUAUCUCUGACCCUGAUAAGAGGCUUCAGGCACUUUGGGUGGUAUGUGACAUGUUACCAAAGGCCAACAAGUCCAACUUUAGGUACCUGGUGAAGUUUCUUGCCAAGCUUGCUCUGGGAAGUGAUGUAAAUAAGAUGACGGCGAGCAACAUCGCCAUCGUACUGGGACCCAAUUUACUGUGGGCCAGGACAGAGGGAAGCCUGACUGAGAUGGCAGCUACUACCUCCGUCCAUGUGGUGUCUAUUAUAGAACUGAUAAUCAACCAUGCAAGCUGGUUCUUCCCUGAAGACGAGGACUUCAACGUUUCAGGCAUGUUUGCUAUGCCUGGGUGCCCCGGGACCCCUGACUCAGAAGCUGGAAGCAUUGAGAGGAGGCGCCCAGGCAGCCAGGGGUCGCUCGAAUCUGACACACCCCGCAAAGACAGCCCUGCUAACAAACAGCCGGAAAUCGCCCCUCGUAGAGCUGGCACAUUAACCAAAAAGCAGCACUCCUUGCCUAACUUCCAGCCCUCUCUCCCUCCCAUUGACGUGUUUGAGCCGUCCCCCCUGUCGCCCACUGGCGGGGGUCUGGAGGCUGGGCAGGCGCUUCCUCAGACCCAUCAGCCUUUAGUUCAGCAGCCUGCGGAGAACAGUAACACCCCCCGAGAUCCUGCAUCCACGCCCCCUGCCACGAGGAACGGGCCGGGGGGCUCGAAUGGGACGCCCACUCAGCUGAAUGUGGGGACCCCGACCUCAGGUCCUAAGGGCCCCAGUCCAUUCGUGGUGCGCAGAGGUACAAAGAAACAGGCGCCGGCGCCUCCCAAACAGGCCGCCCCUCCCACACCUCAGAGUGUAAAAGUGGCUCCUAACCAGCCCACACCAAACCAGUCCUCAGCCCCGAGCACCCCUCAGCCUCUCACUGCGUCCCGUCGCAACAACCAGACCACCAUCCAGGCCCCCAGCCACCCUCCUCCUCGACCUCCUUCCCAGAGCACAGAAGAAGCCGAACCGUCCCCUCCCAGGACGCCCACCCCUCCCGGGACACCUCCUUACGACGGCUCCCAGCCACGCCCCAGGCCCACCCCUCGAGCACGGCCCAAACCCAGCGGCCCGCCCCCACCCCAGCCAACUAGCGACGGUGACAACGGUGUCUGUGUUUCUGGAUCCAAGAUCAUCUCCGAUGGAGAUGGAGAGGAGAGAUGUUUGACGGGACUAGGGCUGGAUCUUGUCCCGGAGCUUGAGGAAGAUGAAACCACAGAAACACUCCCAGAAGAUGCACACCAAUCAGAAACCACCGCCCUGUGAAGUGGGCGGAGUCCAGUCCUCACACAGCCAAUCGAAAGCUAUGUUCGUAACGGAAUACUUGCAUACUUACCGCCUAGUUUAUUCUUCCUGUUGUUUUUAAGGAUGUGAAAGUAUUCAAAAUGAAAAACAUUUUAAACAUGACCUCGGUUACCGUAUGAGUAAAUACAGGUAUUAAGCAUUCAGAUUUAAGUACAAAAAUGAUUUUAACUUUUAUGAGAUUGAUCAAAUCAUGAGUCAUCGCAGUUGCUUCUGGUUCAAACGUCACACUGGAAAUGGAAGGUCAAGUCGAUGCAUUGCAUUGUGGGAUAUGGUACCCAUCACAGUGUGCAAUUAUAGUAGGUAGAAGCACACAGAAAAUGUGUAUCCCAUCAAGCAGUAGUAUACAUACUACAUACAGCACAAGUAGUGAACGCAGUAUGCUAUUCAGAACAUAGCCAUUCACUUAUAAACUCUGACCCCUAUAGAAGACAAUACAUUUACACAAAAUACACAAAAACUGUAAAACAUCAGGUGGUUCCUGGAGUCUCUCUGUCCUCACAAUGCUGGCACAUUGUAACCAUAUACCAGAAGAAGAAGAAAAAACUGUACGCACACGUAAACAUGCUGUACAAUCUUGAUUUCAUUCACAAAUGGCAUAAAGCUGGUUUGGGUUCUAAUCAGAUAUGAAUGUCUUUAUGUUUUGUGAUGUUUUGCAUAACAAGUGUUAUAUAUGUGUGCCUUGAAAACCGUAAAUCACUGAGUUUGUGUGACUGAUGUCCCACGCACUUCGCUUAUCAUGGUGAAUGUACUUUAUUCAAAUAUAUUUUAAUCAUUCCUUUCAAUGAUUCUUUUAAGAUGUGACAAAAAUUGGAUUUCAAAAAGGUUAAGGCAAUGAAUAAUAAUGGUUCUAAAGAUACAGUUGAUUUACUACAUGCAAAAAUAUGAUUUGUACUUUGAAGUAUUUUUCCUGGGCUGCGAUGCAGACUGCAUUAGGGCAUUACAGUCAUUUUUGUAUUAGUAUAGUAGUUUUUAACAUUUGUGAUUAUGUUUUACAGGGUAGUGAAGUAUGUACUACCAAGUACCAUUAUCAAUUUAUCUGAUUAAUCCAUCCUCUUUUGACCACUGAAAUAAACCCUGCACAAUCUAUUAUGAAAUACUUCAUUCUCUAAAUGACCAAAGAUGGGUUUUUUAAAGUGCAUGAUCGUGUGUCAGAGCUUUAGUGGGCUGUUUCAUGUUGUAUGUGAUGCAGAAACGGCACUGACAACAUUAAUGUGAACGAAAGGGUUAAUGGAUCAGUCGAGCUCAGGAACCGUCAGCUAGAAAGCCAAAGUCAUUCAUUCCUUUCAUCAAUGAGUAUGCAUGUUUAUUUCUGUGGAUAUGUUAUCUUGAAUAGGAUUUCCUAAUUGUACUUAUUGAGUUUUUGUUUCACCUCCUUUUGUGGUGUGUGUGUGUGUGCAUUUCCUCCAUCUGAAUUCUAGUUCUUUCUCCAGUGCCUCAGAUGAACAAUUGUUGUACAAAUUCAUUUUUUUCCUGAUUACUAUGUCUAAUAAAAUGCUUAAUUACAGGAACCAAA